GGCUUUCCAUCCCAACACGUUUCGAUUCCACGCCAUUGGUUAUGGUCGUCUUGCGGAGCAGCCGACCAGGAACCAAUGUCAAACCAGGCCAUGUACACACGGGCUGUAAAAAAAGGGGUGCAAAAACUUAGCAGAAGCGUGUAGCAGCAGCGGCAGAGAGAAAAGUUGCUUUAAAGCGCUGAGAGAGUGAGAGAGAGACCUCUCGUGGGGCUAAAACUUAAAACCCCGAGGAGCGCAAGCAUAGGAGCAGCAGCAGGAGGAAGAAGAAGCAAGGGCCAAGAAGCAAAGCAAGAACCAAGUAGGAGCACGGCUGCAAGCACGAGCACGAAGCUGUGGCUGUAGGCAAGAAGCAGUAGCAGCGGUGGGGGUGCUCCGCGCUCCUAGUUAUCCCCUCAGGCGGCAUCGGCGGUCGGAUCUGCGGUGCGGCGGCGGCAGGCUCCCCUGGAGCUCGGAGCCAUCCUUCUAAAGCUCGCGGCAGCGAGAUCUGAGUUCAGUCGUGGGGGAGGAGGUCUCGCUGUGCCGGCGUGCCUCUUGGUACUCCCAGAGCCGCAAAGGCGGCGCCUUUGCGCAUUGCCGCACCUACCUCGCUAGCCUUCACAGCUUCCAGAGGUGAAACGGUGGUGGUUGGAAUCUAUAGGUGCGCGCCGUGAUGUGAAAUUUGAGCUCUUGGAUUGAAAAGAUUGCGCCUUUGCACCGGCCGGCCGGCCGCGCAGAGUGAGAGGUUUGGCCGGUUCAGUGGAGGAGGAAGUGGUGGUGCCGGUAUGCUUGCACAUGUUUGGAGGGGUUCGUGAUUUGGUCUAGAAAGGAGCCUUGCUCCGGUUCUCUCUCCCUUCCCCUCUCCAUUUCGUGCGCUCCUGUAUCACGUUUUAGAUCGGUCGUCGAGUGGCGGGGGAAGAAUGAAGCUCUCGCCGUCGGCCGACGUCGGCCUUCCGGAACAGCCGGCUUCGCCGGAAGAAGCAGAAGAGCACAAGUGCCUAAAUUCUGAAUUGUGGCAUGCGUGUGCUGGCCCCCUUGUUUCGUUGCCUGCGGUUGGUAGUCGAGUGGUGUAUUUUCCUCAAGGCCACGGUGAGCAGGUAGCGGCAUCAACAAAUAAAGAGAUGGAGUCUCAGAUCCCCAACUAUCCUAGCCUGCCUCCGCAGCUUAUAUGCCAACUCCACAAUGUGACCAUGCAUGCUGAUGCAGAGACAGAUGAAGUCUAUGCACAGAUGACAUUGCAGCCACUCAGCCCACAAGAGCUCAAGGAUCCAUUUUUACCUGCUGAGUUAGGCACUGCCAGCAAGCAACCAACUAAUUACUUUUGCAAAACAUUAACUGCAAGUGACACAAGUACACAUGGUGGAUUCUCAGUUCCCCGCCGAGCAGCAGAGAAGGUGUUUCCUCCACUGGAUUUCAAUCAGCAGCCUCCAGCACAGGAGUUGAUUGCAAAAGAUCUUCAUGGCAGUGAGUGGAAAUUUCGUCAUAUCUUUCGCGGUCAACCAAAGCGGCAUCUUCUGACAACAGGUUGGAGUGUCUUUGUUAGUGCAAAGAGACUGGUUGCUGGAGACUCUGUCCUUUUUAUCUGGAAUGACAACAAUCAGCUGCUUCUGGGAAUUCGUCGGGCAAACAGGCCACAAACUGUCAUGCCAUCUUCGGUACUGUCUAGUGAUAGCAUGCAUAUUGGUCUGCUCGCUGCAGCAGCUCAUGCUGCAUCAACAAAUAGCCGGUUUACUAUUUUCUACAAUCCAAGAGCAAGCCCUACAGAAUUUGUCAUACCAUUGGCGAAGUAUGUGAAAGCUGUGUACCAUACCUGUAUAUCUGUGGGCAUGCGUUUCCGGAUGCUUUUUGAGACAGAGGAAUCUAGUGUUAGGCGAUACAUGGGGACAAUUACAGGAAUAAGUGAUCUCGAUCCUGUUCGCUGGCCGAACUCGCGCUGGCGUUCUGUAAAGGUUGGAUGGGAUGAAUCAACUGCCGGAGAGAAGCAGCCAAGGGUGUCUCUUUGGGAGAUUGAGCCACUGACAACUUUCCCGAUGUAUCCUUCUCCAUUUGCUCUCGGACUAAAGCGUCCAUGGCCUACAGGCCUGCCUUCUUUAUAUGGUGGAAAGGAGGAUAGCUUGACCUCUUCUCUUAUGUGGCUUCGAGAUGGUGCAAACCCAGGUUUCCAGUCCUUGAAUUUUGGCGGGCAUGGUACGAGUCCUUGGAUGCAGCCGAGGCUGGAUAGUUCCCUACCUGGUCUUCAAUCUGACAUGUACUGGACCAUAGCAUCAGCAGCUUUACCAAGCACCGCGAAGCAAGUCUUGCCCGCGGUAAUGCAGUUCCAGCAGCCUCAAAAUAUUGCUGGUAGAUCUGCUCUUCUAUCUAGUCAGAUUCUGCAGCAAGUACAGCCUCAGUUUCAGCAAAUCUACCACCAAAAUAUCAGUGACAACACAAUUCAAGGUCAUACUCAGCCUGAGUACCUCCAACAACAGCUUCAACACUGCCGAUCAUUUAAUGAGCAGAAGCCUCAGCUGCAUCCACAGCUACAGCAACAAGAAUCGCACCAGCAGCAAGAACAACAAUGCGUGCAAACACCACAGAAUCAACAAAUGCAACAACAGAAGAACUUGCCCAGCUUUCAGUGCUUGCCAAAUGCUUCGUCAUCUUUUUCUCAGCUUUCCUCAGCUACUCAGUCUCCACCUUCCACAUUGCCAACAGUUUCAGCGUUCUCACAUCAACAAAACUUUCCAGAGACAAACAUCAGCUCUCUCUCACCAUCCAAUGUCUCUUCCAUGCAUGGCAUGUUGAAACCAUUACCGGUAUCUGACCCAUGGUCAUCUAAGCGAGUCGUGGUGGAGUCUAUUAUUCCUUCUCGAUCUCAUGUUAUUUCACCACAGAUAAAACAAUUGGAUAUGGCGUCUUGUAACAUACCACAAAACUCUGCCUUAGCACCAUUACCUGGGCGAGAGUGCUUAGUGGAUCAGGAUGGGAGCUCUGAUCCUCAAAAUCACCUCUUAUUUGGUGUUAACAUAGACUCACAGUCACUUUUAAUGCAAGGUGCCAUUCCAAGCCUUCAGAAUGGUAACGGUUCUAGCACGAUUCCAUAUUCCACCUCCAAAUUCCUAAGCCCAUCUCAGAAUGAUUUCCCCCUGAAUGAAGCACUAACUAGUUCAGGCUGCUUAGAUGAAUCAGGAUAUGAUCCAUGUGCAGAGACUUCUGAGCAAGUAAAUCAACUGCCUGCAACCUUUGUGAAGGUUUACAAAUCUGGAGCUUUUGGAAGGCUGCUUGAUAUCACUAGAUUUAGCAGCUAUGAUGAACUUCGUAGUGAGGUGGGGCAUCUAUUUGGCCUUGAGGGCCAGUUGGAAGACCCUUUGAGAUCAGGCUGGCAGCUUGUAUUUGUUGACCGAGAGGGCGAUAUCCUUCUAGUUGGUGAUGACCCUUGGCAGGAAUUUGUGAACAGUGUUUCCUGCAUAAAGAUACUUUCGCCGGAGGACGUUCAGCAGAUGGGCAAGCAAGGCAUUCAGCUCUUCAGCUCUGCUCCUGCAACAGGGCUCGGCAAUGGCUGUGACAGCUAUGUGAGCAGGCAGGAAUCCAGAAGCCUAAGCACUGGAAUGGCACCAGUGGGUUCGGUCGAGUUCUGAAGAUAGGGAGCUCAUGGCCGUCAGCUUUAGGAUGCCUGCUCGUGUGUUUCCGCGGCUCUUCUUAGUUUUGAGCCUUGGAACAAAGCAAAUAGAUCAUAUGUUGGCUCUUCCUAGUUUUGAGCCUUGGAACAAAGCAAAUAGAUCAUAUGUAGCACUAUGUUAUGCACCGUCUGAUAAUUCUGUCAUAUGAUGUAGACUGUUAGCAGUAACUACUCCAUUUUGUAUACAUGCCAGCACUUGGUCUCGUGGAAUACUAAUCCCAGUAAUUUAGUGCAUCUAAUAGUGUUA